AUGCCGAAGAAGUCUUGUGUCGCUUGUUCGGUGGGAGUUCACGCAGUUCGAGAACUGGUGUUGCACGAUUCGACGAAGCGCCCCGUACAGUACCCGUCGCGUUCGGAGCUACGGAUCUGCGAGCCGCAGCCGUGGUGGAACGCGGGGGACGAGGCCCCUCCAGGACGAGAUAUCAAAGAGAGGGGAGUGAUCCUGUGUUGGGAGGGAAAAACGAGGCAAGCCGACACGAUGCAGCGCGAAGGGGGUUGGGACGACCAGGGAAGAGAGGUUGGGCCGGGCAGCUGGUGGGCGACCGAGCAAGGGGGAGAGGGAGAGGGAGAGGGCGAAGAAGAGGAGAAGGAGGAGGAGGAAGAAGAAAAAGAAGAAGAAGAAGUAGAAGAAGUAGAAGAAGAAGAGCAGCGGCUAAGAGAAGAAGAGAAGUAG